AUGAAGCGUAUCCUGAAGGACCCCGCUGUUGUACUCACCUCCACAGGCGGAUUGAGGGAGGAGUGGGUGUGCGUACAGACCGUGUGCGAAAAGGCGCAGGGGAACCGGUUCGAACAGGGGGCGGCCCAUGUUGCGUCUGCCAGGCACAAAGGGGGGCUGCGGAAAGACGCUGACGACCAUGGCCCGGGGCUGUGGAGGCUUCAGGCGCCUCAGGCUGGGGGUGAAGGUGUCAGAAAUAUCAUAUCGGCGGUGGUGGAAGCACAGGCGAGUCGACCGGAGCAGGGCUUGGAGAGGUUGGUGUCAAGCCUGCGUGCAUGCAUGAGAGCUCAUGUAGCAGAGGAGAGAAAGAGGGUUAAAGCGACCAUGGUGCACCUGGAAAAGAAAGUGGAGGAGCUCCGAUGGAAAGUGAUGGCGGACUCCUCCUCGCAGACUCUGUAUGAGGAGUUGGUUAAAAAUGAGGCGGCUCUCAAGCUCUACCAGGACAGCAAUAAGGAGAGGUUGCAGAUCCUGUCAGGGUUACUACAAGAAUUGGCGGGGGAAACACCAUCAGGCUUCCUGUCAGGCCUCGUUAAGUCAAGAAAGGCGAAGACAGAGAUUACGGAGCUCACCUACAAAGGGGUGUUGAGGAAGGGAGCCAAGGAGGAGGUGUUGGCGGCACUUAAAGGCUUACCGGCUAGGAAGGCCCCGGGGCAGGAUGGUCUGCCGAAAGAGUUUUUCGAGCGGAACUGGGGGUUGCUGGGCCCGGCGGUGAUGAAAGAAGUCAGAGACUUCGAGGGGACGGGGACGCUUUCGGAGGCUUUCACGACAGCGGUCACGAUCCUCCUGCACAAAAAGGGGAGCAGAGAGGACUUAGGCAACUACCGUCCGAUAACACUGCUGAGUUUUUUCUACAAACUGCUGGCGAAGGUGUUGGCGAACCGUAUCAAGGUGGUUCUACCCAAGGUGAUCUCACCCAAUCAGUCCGGCUUCCUCCCGGGACGGAGCCUCGCCGACGCUGUCUCACUGGUGGCGGAUGCGAUUGAUGCAGCGGAGCAGGAGGAUGAGGACUGGCUGCUGUUGCUGGUUGAUUUUCAGAAGGCCUACGACUCGGUGUCGCGAGAGUACCUGUUCAGGACACUGGGCAACAUGGGUUUCCCAACGAAGUUCGUGGGAUGGGUGAAGGGCCUGCAUGAUGGGGCGGCGACUAGGAUGCUGCUGAAUGGCUGGAUAGGGGAGCGGGUGGAGAUGGCCAAGGGAGUGCGUCAGGGCUGUCCACUUGCCCCAUACCUCUUCCUCUGUGCGGUUGAGCCGCUCUGCCAAGAAAUUGAGGGCAGGAAGCUGGGAGUAAGGAAGAGAGGGAUUAAGGGGGAUUUGGCCUACAUUGGUUAUGCAGAUGACACGACAUUGGUUCUGAGAGGGAAAGAGCAAGUGGAGGCAGCAGGGAAACUACUUGGGGAAGCCGUCAUUGACGGGAGGGCCCGAGGCCUGCUGGGUGCCCCGAGAACGCGCCUGCUCUACUCCCCUCUUCUCAAAUCCUCUUCGCUCCUCCCGUGCAAUUGUCGCGCCUCCCCUAGUCUCGCCCCGCCGCCUCGUCGCGCCUUCCCUCCCUCCGUCGCGCCUCCCCUCCGUUCGUCGCGCCUCUCCUCCGUUCGUCGCGCCUCCUCCUUUCGUCGCGUAUCCUUUCGUCGCGCCUCCCCGCCUUGUCGCGCUCCCCUCCCCUGCUUUUGUCGUACCCUCUCUCAUCGAGCCUCCCUUUCCAUCGUCGCGCAUCCCCUCUUCGACACUUCUUUGAACUGUAACCAAGGAAGGCUAACAAGGAAGCCAGCCAUGGCGUUAUUGCUCCUCAUGCCGUGCCUCGUCUCACUCCUGCUGUCGCUCACCUGCCACGUGGACGCAGCUCAGUGGCACGACUGCGGCUCCCAGCAAGUGCCCGUCACUGUGAAGAACGUCACGAUGCUGCCCGAUCCGCCAGUCGCCGGCUCGGAUUUCACCGUUGUGCUGCCCGCCGUCACAGCGACGCGCAUCCAGUCAGGCGUGGUGCGCGUGAGUGUGGCGUACUACGGGUGGCCCGUGUAUGCCUCCAACGUGCAGCUGUGUGACAAGACGCCCUGCCCCGUGCUGCCGGGCGCCUUCACCUUCUCCAAUGAACAGCCCCUGCCCUUCCUCACCCCCGCUGGCGCGUACACGCUGUGGCUCAAGGCGCGCGACAACAGCGGGCGAGAUCUAUUUUGCACGCGCGUGGACUUCCACCAUUGUGCGCCCGCAGGCAGGGGGGAGGCAGGCGGCGUGACUCUCCAUCUUGCUCGUGGUGCACAGGAAGGGAAGGGAAGGGACUUCACCAUGGAUUCUCCCUCCCUGUUUCGCAUUCCACCAUCUCUAUCCCCAUCCUUCCCCUCCCCCUCCCUCUGCCCCGCGCAGCGCGCGAUGGCGCCGCGCCCGAAGAAGAAGGCGGUGCUGCGCGCCUCCGAUCGCGCCAGCAGCUCGGCGGCCGACUCGCACGCGGCGCACCACGCGGCGCGGUGGGCGUCGAUGCGCUCGCUGCUGCUCCUGGGCGGCGCGGGAAUGCUCUUCUACUUCCUCCUCGCGCGCUCCGACUACUCGGCGGGGUACCGCCACGGCGGGCCCAUGGGCGCAUGGCGGGGCGGGGCCGCGGGCGGAAUGGACGAACGCUGGAUGGGCGGGGACGACCAGUGGGGCGCGCGGGGGGGCGCAGUGGGGAGGGGGGAGUGGGGAGGCGCCGGGGGGCAGUUUGGGGAUCGGCGCGGGUUUGAAGGCGCGGCGGGCGGGUGGCAGGGUGCUGGCGGGGGGGACUGGCGGAACGACGGGGGAGGGCCGCGGCAGCUGGCAGGCGGGGAUAGGAUGGGGGGCCCGCAGGGAGGGGGGUGGGGGCAGCAAGGGGCUGGGGGGGGUUGGGACGCGGGGAGAGGGGGAAACGGGUUUCCGCGACAGGGGGGCGGAUGGGGGACAGGCGGGGGGAUUCAAAUGCCAGGGGGAGAGGGGGCGGGCGGGAUAGGCGGGGGGGCUGGGGGAAUGGGUACUGGCGGGGGCGGGUGGGGCGGGUUGAGAGGGGGAGCAGCGGGCGGAAUGGGUGAGCCUCAGCAGGCGAUGCCCCAGGGGACACUGCCCUUGCAGCAGGGCGGGCAGGGCGGGCAGUGGGGCGGCGCAGGGGGUGGGGAGGGCAGCGGGUGGGGCAGCGGCACAGCAGCCCAGGCGCUCCCCCAGCAGCAGCAGGGCGGACAGUGGAGGGCAGAGGGCGCCACCUCGGGCGCAGCUGCAGGGGGCGGGGGAGGGACGGGGGGAGGGGGCGCAGCGGGUGGAGGGGGAGCGGCGGAGAGCGCGUUUCUGAGCGCGCCACACGCGCACUGGAAGCCGGUGGACGGGCAGUUCCCCCUGGAGGGCGGCACACCGCAGCGGUCGUACCUGACGGUGGACAUCUCACGCGCGCUGCUCAAGCGCGUGCACCUCGACGCCACACGCUUCUCCGACGAAGCCAAACCCAAACCCAAGGGCGCGCCCCCUCCGCGCGCCUCGCGCGGCCCCCCCUGCCCCGACUUUGAGUUUGCGUACGAGCGGUUCCCCGGCGUGGGGUCGUGCUGGGAGGCGCCCCUGGCGGACAACUCCCGCACGCCCACGCGGUACCCCACCAACUGCCCCUCGCUGGACGAAAGCUGCAUCCAGGAAACAGACUUCCAACCGCACCCCAAGUGGGCCGCGCAGGUGCUGGUGUUGCACAACGUGUACGUGAACCUUGCGGGGCAGGUGUUCAACGAGACGCAUCUCUUCGACCACAACGCCUGUGCCGUCACGCUCGCCGCCGCCAGCUUCCGCUACGCGUCAGGGCGAACGCGCGUGCGGCGCUUCAAGGAGCUCGUGUCGCUCGUCGACUGGUUCGCCUGGUCCGCGCGCGCCUACCUGCUCGAACUCAUCCCACUCUUCGUCUCCCUGCGCAAGGUGAUGCCAGCGAUGAGGGGCGUGGCGGUGGCGGUGGGGCACCGGUUGACGCACCGGCGCAACCAGAUGCAGCAGAUGGUGGCGCUGGGCGCGGAGGACAUCCUCGGCGUGCAGCUCUCCCGCAUGAACGUGCACGUGCUGCAGGGCGCUGACCUCUUCUUCGCCGAGAAACUCAUCCUCCCGCUACACCAGCGGUGCGGCCAACCAUCGCGUGCCAUGUGGCAGUACAUCCGCAACCACCACUUCCUCCCCAAGAACGGCCUUCCCAUGUUCUACUCGGACUACCGGCCCACAGCAGUGGCGGAGAACCCGCCGCCCAAGGACUCGUUCACGCCGCGCAACGACUGGGUGGUGCUGCUGGGGUGGAAGAACGCGCGCGAGGAGCUGCUCAAGUCCCUCCGCCUCAAGGAGCAGCUGGAGGAGCUGUUCCCCGCGGACCGCGUGGUGGUGUACCGCGAGGGCGCGCACAGCAUCCCGCGCCGCAAGGACCUGCUGAACCGCGCGCACGUGCUGGUGGCGCCGCACGACAACCUGCUGGCGGACCUGGUGUUCAUGCCGCCCGGCGCCGCCGUGCUGGAGAUCCGCCCCGUGGACGACCCCGACCCCGUCUUCCACCUGCUCGCCGACGUGUGCGACAUCGACUACUACCUGGCGUUCAGUGAGCCCGUGCACAGCAAGGGCAAGGGCAAGGCGGGCAAGGGGGGGGAGGUGGCGCUAAGGGCCAGGGACCCCAAGGCCGUAGAGCGGCUGCUCAAGGACAUUUCCAGGAAGGUUCUGGCCAAGGUGGAGCAGCUGAAGCAUGUGUAG